AUGAGCGCCCAGCCCGGUCGUCGCACUCCGGCGCCCGACUCCGACCCCCUGCCCGGCCGCACGGGCACAGCAGAGCAGGCCUGCCGGGAAUGCCGCCGCAGGAAGUCCAAAUGCGACAGGACAAUCCCCAUCUGUCGUCUCUGUGGCAAGUUCGCUCGUGUUUGCACGUAUGAGAAGUCUGCGCGCACCCCGCUGACCCGGACGUACCUGUCCAAGGUGGAGAGCGAGCUGGCCCGGACCAGGGCGCUGCUGCAUCGGUUUAUGCCUGAGGGACAGCAGGACGAUGAGCGGGAUGGCCAUGAUCGUCUGGACGGUGCUGGAUUUGGAUAUGAUGGUGAAAACUACAAUGCGGACGGGCAGUCCGUUCAGCAGCCAGUCCUUGAUCACGGCCUGCCUUCGUCCGGCGCUGCCCAAGUGAACCCGAACCCCAGUCGGCAUGGGAUACGCCUUCCUGCGUCCUCUUUGGAGAGUCAGAAUCGGACUAGAGUGUCUGCUAAUCCAGUGGUGGAUUCAGUGGGUCAUCCCAGGACACACAUGCGGCCUGUUUCGGAGUCGCGGUCUAUCGGCACGACGGCGUUCUCGCUGGAGACGCCGCCGUCGAGUAGUAAUUUCGAAUGGGACGAGAGGGCAGGCACAGUCGGCGGGGAUAGGUUCGUGGAUGGCAUGGCCAGUCUGACGAGUAGGUCGAAUGAGGGAGGUUACCUUGGCUCGGCAUCUGGAGCUGCCCUGCUUCGACUGACAGAUACGAGAUCAGACGGUGCCACUGCGUACGAGUCUGAUACGCAGCCAGACUACCAUCGCCAGGCCAGCGUCCCGUUUGCCCUGAAUUCCAUGUCCCAGCUGGAGCCAUUUGUGGACGCCUACUUCCGCCUCUACCACUGCUCGUAUCCCAUUGUCCACGAGGCGACCUUCCGUGCCCAGUUUAUGGAGAUUAUUCCCCGGCCAUCUGGCAACGCAUGGCAUGUUCUGCUGUUUGUGAUAUCGGCGCUGGGCGUCUUCACCAGCGCCACCCAGCCCACCGAUAUCGACUUUGCGCUAUUCGACGCAGCCAAGGAGAGACUGUCAAUUGACGUGCUGGAGACGGGAAAUAUAGUCCUGGUGCAGGCGCUAACACUUAUCUCAAACUACUUGCAGAAGCGAAAUAAGCCCAACUCGGGGUACAACUAUAUGGGCCUGGCCCGGCGCGUAGCAAUGGGAAUCGGGCUCCACAAGGAGUUCCCAACCUGGGACGCCACUCUACUGACCUUGGAAAUGAGGCGGAGGGUGUGGUACGGCCUGUAUAUCUUUGAUAUCGGCGCCAUAAUCACCUUCUCUCGCCCGCUCGACUUUCCCGAGCAGGGCGUCGACGUCCAGCUGCCACUGAACGCGCACGACAGCGACAUCACCUCCGGCACACGACGGAUGCCCAUCUCCGCCGCAGAGACGACCAUCUACACGCAUCUACGAGCCCAGGCCCAGUUCCACCUCGCCACCAGCCACAUCUAUUCCAAGAUCAUCUCGCACCCUCUUCCGUCUGCCGCCGAGCUCAUUUCCCUGGACGACCAGUAUAUCGGCGGCUGGGUUGCCGGGCUCCCUCCCUUCUUCGGCGAAACCGCGCUGCAGCCCCCGAAAUUCACCCUCUGCCACGCCAUCCUCCGAUGGCGGUACCGGAACUUCCGGAUCCUGAUGUAUCGCCCGUUCCUAGUGGGCCAGCUCAUGUCGCGUACGCGAACGGGGCAAGCCCCCAGUGGUGGCAAUGGUAGCAGCGACGCCCAGAUUGGCUUCGCGAUCGAGCGCUGUCUCCACGCCGCCAGGGAAGCCGUCGACCUCAUUUGCACUUUCUGGCGGGUGUGCAUUGACCAGCGCACAAUGAUGGCCUGCUGGUACGGCCUGUACUUCCUGUUCCAGGCCAUCCUGAUACCAGUGAUCUGUCUGCGGAAUGACCCGCAGUCGCCGCUGGCCGAGGGCUGGCGUGACCAGGUCGUGCAGGCUGUCGAGGUGCUGGAAUCGAUGGCGCUUCUGAAUCCGACGGCGCAGCGCUGUCUUGGUGUUAUACAGUCGCUCUGUGGGAGUUAUCUCCAGCCCAGCAGUGUUGAUGGCUGGGGGAGGCCGACGGAGGAGUCGCCGCAGACGCAGCUGGCGAAUUUGUAUCCGCUGAUGUGGCCGACGUUGGAGAUGGGGCAGCUGGAUGGAGGAGAUACAAUUAUACAAGAGUCGACGAUUAUGGACUUUAUGAACCGGUUGCCUGUGCUGGAGUGA